AGACCAUACGGCCACCAUUUUCGGGGACAGUCCCCGCUUUGGCUGACUUGUCCCGGCUUAAAGCUGUCCGCGAUUUCGACAGUAAAUAGGAAAAUCGUGCGCAGACCUAAACACCAGUUAUCACGAUAGCCAGUAAACGCACCGCCAGAGACGACGACGUAUGACGUACAGACGUCAUACAACGUUUGUUGCUGCGUCAACGACAACAAACUAGGAGCGGGAAAAAAAGUCGAGUGAAGAAGAAAAGAGUAGGAGAACAGUGCGGAAAGGCAGAAACUGUUUGGCAAUAACAGGUUGUCAAAAUUCAUUAAAAGCUGCUUUUUCCCGUUUUUAUUUCAUAAUGAUAUUAUUUAAUGACUUUUCACCGUCGCAUCGAAAAUGUCGCCGAUUUUCAUUUCGGAAAAGCAAUACCGCUCGGACUUCCUUUACGGAGCUCCUGAAGGGACAUGGUUGGGGCGGGGGUCUGACCGGAACCAAUGGGUUUGAGUCGUCAGGAAGUUCCGAGUUUAAUCGAGAGUAAAGAGACGAACAAGUAGUUGAGUCAUAAUGGUGACAACAACAACGACUGACGUAACGUCAAGGGUGGGCGUGGCCACCCAGCAAAGGACAGAGUGGAAGAGUGAGGGAGUCUGACAGAUGUGUGGAGGACGAGCAGGAUGGAUGAACUGGAGAGAGAGAGGGACGCUGGGAAAGGUGGGAGUAAGAAAGAGAAAGAUCAGAGCUGGAUUCCAAAGAUCAUCAAGAAGCGAGUGUGCACCACCUUUGUUGAAGACUCCUUCAGUAAUGGGGCGUUGUGUCAGUGUGGGGGUGUACAGGAGGUGCACAACUCCUUGGCCACGGGCGACUACUUUGGCUCAGCCAUCGUCACCCAGUGGAGCAGCAGGCAGCACUCAUCAGAGUACGCCACCGACGCUUAUGGAGAGGUGCAGUUUGCUGGAGCUGGACGAAGGCACAGUCAUUUCCUGCGUCUGUCAUGUGACACGUCACCGCAGAUCGUCUACACCCUGAUGACAACUCACUGGGGCCUGCCCUCGCCUAACCUGGUUGUGUCUGUGGUGGGGGGUGAAGGCCACGGAAAAAUCAAGAGCUGGGUGAGAGAGAUCCUGAGGAACGGUCUGGUCAGAGCUGCACAGAGCACAGGGGCCUGGAUCUUGACCGGGGGUCUGAGGGAGGGUGAGUCCCGCUGCGUGGGUGAGGCAGUGAGGGACCACUCUGCCGCAGCGCCAGCUGUUUCUCAAAAGAAAGUCAUCGCAGUCGGAAUGGCCCCCUGGGGCCUCGUGCACAACAGACAGCAACUGGUCAACCCAAAGGGCAGUUUUCCUGCUCGAUACUACGUCCAGAACACGUCCCGUGACUCCUGCUGCCUGGACAACAACUGUCAGGUUUUUCUCCUGGUGGACGACGGGAGCGUUGGCCGACGCGGGGGAGAAACAGCCUUCCGUGCAGCACUAGAGGACUACAUUUCCCAUCAGCGGACGGGCAUUUGGGGUAGUGGCAAUAUUGAAAUCCCAGUGCUGUGUCUGCUCAUCUCUGGAGAGGCUAAAAUGCUGGAGAGACUGGAUUCCUCUCUGAAGAAAUCCACGCCCUGGUUGGUUCUGGCCGGUUCUGGACCAGCUGCAGACUUCAUCAGCGAGAUUCUGGACAGUCUCUCCACUGUUCCACUCAGCCCCACCUCUCCUUCAGCAGACGGUGACACAGCUCAGCCCCUGAAUACCGAGCAGCGUGACAGGGUCCGUGAAAAGCUGGGGAAACACUUCCCCGGUGAAAGUGAUCAGGAGAAACUGGUGGACACUGCUCUGAGUAUUUAUCAGAACAGAGACCUCAUCACUGUUUUCCACGGGGAACAGGAAGGUUCCGAUGACUUUGACACCAUUCUCCUCAGAGCUCUGGUCAGAGCUAGUAAACGUGUGUGCAGUGAAGCCAGCGAAUACACCGAAGAACUGAAACUGGCCGUUGCGUGGAACCGUGUGGACAUCGCCAAAACAGAGCUCUUCAACGGAGACGUCCAGUGGAAGUACGAGGACCUGGAGGACUCCAUGACAGAUGCACUGGUCAAUGACAAGCCCCAGUUUGUCCGUCUCUUUUGUGAGAAUGGCCUGAACAUCCUGGACUACCUGACCUACCAGCGUCUGGAGAGCUUGUACCGCUCGUUGUCCGACAGCUCACUGGCCUACACGCUGCUGCAGAGGCACCUGAGUGAGAGGCAGGGCGUGGCUGGGUCGGAAAUGGGGGGGGGGACAGAUUCACUGAUACUGCUGUGUCAUCGCAGCUGUAAUAAUAACUGUAUAAUCUGUGUUUUUAUAUUUUAACGAAUGCCUCAGGUGUCCCGCCUCCUCUGGGACCUGAUGGCUGAUGUUUGUCAGCCUUUCUACUAUGCAUCUCUGGGCUUGGACCCCAGCACCAGCAACAGGAGGACUCUGAAGCAAGUCAAUAAAAUGCUGUUAGGAGAGUGUUUGUACCGGAAACAGCGCUGCCUCUCACCCUGGGCGGCCCUGUUCGUCUGGGCCGUCCUGCAAAACCGCAGGGAGAUGGCGCUGUACUUCUGGGAAAUGGCUGGGGAGCCUGUGCUCAGCGCUCUUGGUGCCUGUAAGAUGCUGAGAGAACUGUCCAAACUGGAGAGUGAGACUGAGAGCAAGUUGGCGAUGAAGGAACUGGCUCAGAUGUUUGAGAACCUGGCUCAGGACGUCUUCAGCGAGUGUUACCAGAACAGCGAGAGUCGAGCCUUCACCCUUCUGGUGAGGAAGUCAUCAGUGUGGAGCGGCGCCACCUGUCUGCAGAUGUCCACUGCUGCAGAUGCUCGCCUCUUCUUCAGUCACGACGGAGUUCAGUCUCUGCUCUCUCAGAUCUGGUGGGGAGACAUGGAGAGAAACACCGAGGUCUGGAAGCUGGUCCUCACCUUCUUCCUGCCCCCCCUCCUCUACACCAAUCUCAUCAAAUUCAGGGAGUCGGAGGAGGACGUGAAGUCGGAGGUUUUUCAGGGCAGAGACACUGACAGUCUGGAAGGAAAUGACGCCACCGUCUUCUCACUGGCUGACAUCAUUCAAAAUGAGGAAGAUGCUGAAGAGCUGAGGCAGUUGAAGGAGAACCCCAGAGGUUCUUCACCUUCCAAGUCCAGGAGGCCGUUUUUGGUGUCGAGGUGGAGACAGUUCUGGUUUUCUCCUGUCACCUCCUUCCUGGGGAACGUCCUCAUGUACUUCCUCUUCCUCUGCCUGUUCGCCUACGUUCUGCUUGUGGACUUCAAGCCCCCGCCCCCUGACGGACCAGCACCUCUGGAGUUCCUGCUCUACUUCUGGGUUUUCACCCUGGUCUGUGAGGAGAUCCGUCAGACCUUCUUCAUCGGCAGUACCUUCAUAGCCCAGAGGAUAAGGAACUACAUCCAGGAUGUUUGGAACAAGUGUGAUCUGACGGCCAUCCUUCUCUUCAUUUUGGCUCUGUGCUGCAGAUUCACUCACUGGUCGUAUAAUUUUGGCCGAGCAGUGAUGGCCAUAGACUUCCUGGUCUUCACCCUGCGUCUGAUCCACAUCUUUGCUGUUCACAAACAGCUCGGCCCCAAGAUCAUCAUUGUCGGAAAGAUGAUGAAGGACGUUUUCUUCUUCCUGUUUUUCCUGGCGGUGUGGCUGGCGGCCUACGGAGUGGCCAAUCAGGCGCUGCUCUACUCCUACGACCCCCGUCCUAAUUGGAUCUUCCGCAGGGUGUUCUACCGACCGUACCUGCACAUUUUUGGACAAAUACCUAUCAAUGAAAUGGACGCCGACAAACUGGAAGACACAAACUGUACAAACGACAUCACUCAAAUCCAGGAAGGAGUCGAGCCCUGCAUCUCCACCUACGCCAACUGGCUGGUGGUCAUCCUCCUGGUUAUCUACCUGCUGUUCACCAACAUCGUGCUGGUCAACCUUCUCAUUGCUAUGUUCAGCUACACCUUCUCUAAGGUUCAGGAACGCAGUGACACCUACUGGAAGUUUCAGCGCUACAACCUGAUCGUGGAGUACCACUCCCGGCCCUCCCUGGCUCCGCCCUUCAUCAUCAUCUCACACCUGCAUCUCUUCAUCAAGAGACACGUGCGUAGAAUCCCCUCAGUGAAGAGCACGCAUUUCGUUCUGGAGCUGAGAGGCAGGAAGGCGAGUCGCCUCAACACCUGGGAGGCGAUCCAGAAAGAAAACUACCUCUCGGCCCAGAGUAAGAGGCUGAGGGAGACGGACACCCUAAAAAGACCAUCUGUCAAGGUGGAUAGUGUGCUGAAACAAAUGACAGAGAUUCGUGACCACGACAGACGGCUGCGGUUGGUGGAGGCAGAGCUGGACUACUGCUGCAGCGCCCUCGCCUGGAUGGCUGACGCUCUGGCUCAGAGUAAUCUCAUAAAGACUGAUCGCCCCCCUCCCCUUCUCAGAGAUUUGACUCCAUUAUCACCUAGCUGACUGUCCUGACCCAGGACUACACACCCACACACACACACGAUAUAUAUUUUUAUAUGAUGCAUGGAUACAACUAUGAUGUAAAGAUUUUUAUUUGCAUUUUUUAAAAGUCCCUUCAUGCUGCAGGACAAACCCUCAAACGAUGUUUAGUUAAACAGACGGCGUUUUCUUUACUCUCAACGACAUCACAAUAAUUUCACAAUUUAAUAAAAGUUUUUUUUUCAAUUUUGUGUUCACAUGCUCACACAGUGCAGAGGUGGUUCAUGCUCGGUUCUUACAGCAAAAAGGUCACCAGUUCGAGGCCCACCUUCUAACAGCUGGUCUGUGUGUCAGUUUCCUGCCACCGUCCAAAAAUGUGCUUAUUAGUGAUUAGGUAAACUGUUCACGUUGAAACGGACCAGAGGUGUGAAUGUGAGUGUGAACGGUAGUUUUGGCCAGCGCGUUUGGCGCCACCUUGACCCCGUGACCCUGAAUAAGAUUAAGCAGAAGAAGUUAAAUUAUUAUAAAUGAAUUUAUUUGAUUGACUCUUCAGCAGUGGGAUGUAUGAUGUCACUGCAUCAUCACCUCCGUGACGACCAGUGCCAUGUGAUUAUUCUGACAAUAUAAUAUUUUCUGUACUUCAUUAAUACCGUGAGCAAAAUUAUUCUCUGCAAAAACCUCCCCCUCUCCCCGGCCCUCUCCUCCUUUCCUGUGAUUAAUACCAGACACCAAGAGCAGUGGGCUUCAUUUUCUGGUCAGGUGCCCAGAAAGCGCAGGCGUUUUUUGGCGUUCACUCAACGCCAUAUCUCUGUCCAGGCUGGGGAUUCAACCUGGUUGCGUCCAAUUACAAGCCUGAUCUUUUAAACCCCUAAGCCAGUGGCUGAACCCACCCCCUUCUCCCACCGCCACUCAUCCCCGGUUGGGCUUGAACCAUCAACCUUUGAAACGCACUCACCUCUUGCACCACAGAGAAAUGAAGCAACAGCAGCAGCAGCUUUAUGGGAUAACGUUUGUCAUGUAUGUGGCUAAUAUUAGCAGUAGCUGCGCUGAGUGAAGUCUGCAGGUUUGUGCCUCUCAGCAGUCUGCUCUGUAAGUGCAGCAGCUACAGUAAGAGGAGAGCAGCAACAUGACUCAGUCUCUCAGCACCUGUGUUAAUUACAGCCGCACAUUUUCCACACCGGGUCGGGUUUAGAUUAGCCACCGGUUCUGAACAUUAAACACGAAGUCGGAUGAAGCUAUUGUUGACACAGAACGUGCCGUUGUACGAUCACUUCAUCUGUGGUUCAGAACAUCAGUGGGUUUCAACCCAUUUAACAGGAAGGCUAGGGUUUGAAUCCCUUUUUUUUUCUUACUCC